GACAAUCUAAUUUUAGAUCUCGCGAUAGCUGGAUUGGAAUAGGUGCUUCGAAGAGGAGCAAGGGUAACAUCACAAGAGCAAAUGUCACAGGCAAUUUCCUAAAUGGAUCAAACACGAUAAAGCUAGAAGUAUAAAAAAAAUCCAAUUGUCUAAAUAUAAAAAACCGCCAAUGAAAGUGAAAGAUCCAUAAUUGUAAAUAAUUUAUAAUCAGAAGAGGGGGAAACCGCUGCGUCACCCGACACAUGACCGACGUGACAAACUUCCCUCCAAAUUCCUCGUCCCCUCCUUUCAUUUCCAAUUGUUGCUUUUCAAUAACAAGAAAUCAUCAAUUAAUAGAUAACGACGGCCGGUGACAAUUACUUCCAUACGCUAAUGCAAUUAAAUUCACUUCCUCCGGCAGUUACUUUUAUUGGCGACUUGAUGAUUCUCUUGACCACUGAAUCGCAUCUCGUUGAGUCCCAUUACCUGUCACGAAUGGCUUCGAAGGAAAAAUAAAUAAAAAAUCGACGGAGAAGCUCUUCGCCCCAAAACAAAGCGCUAACAAAAACCAAAAACCAAAAUAGAGAAGACCGAAAAACCCCAAAAAUCGUGACGUCAACAUAUCGAGAGAAAAACUGGUAAGAAUCGAUUGAUCGAUUAAGUCACAAUUUUUAUUAGCCACUGAAGAAUUUAUAAAGCAAUUGCAUUGAUCUACCAAUAUAUUUACCAUCUUUAUGAUAAAAGUGGAUGACAUAGAGUGUGUUGUUAUUCAGUAACCAUAGCAAUUUGUUAAAGCACACGAGGAGCUUUCGACGAUACAAGACAAUACGAUAAAGCGAGAGGGUGGACAGAAGCCCGCGGUGUUUGAGUAUCGUGUGUGACAUACGAUAUACAUACUAUUGUCUGUUAAAUUGUCAACAUUACCUUUGCCGAGGGACCGACGAAUCCAGUCGUAUGGCAACGACACGACGAGAACGUCUCAAACCCAAGUGCUUUUCGGUGAUCAUUAAAUUUUGAGAUAAAAUGCAUGACACGUCAUGAGACAUGUCACGAUGUGCGAAAUCAUUGUGUUCAACUACUGCUAUGAAUAUUGCAUUUGACUGUCUCAUCGGAGAGGAAGUGAUUCGAUUAUAGAAUCGGUAUUUGCAACAAUGGCGAUGUUUGAUUGAUUGAUCGUUUGAGGUGUAUCAACCUUCUGCAAUGCAACCUUGAGCACCUGCUAACAUUUUGAUUGGCACAAAAGUCGGUGCAUACGUAUGAAACAUUGAAGUAGACAAUGUCGGUGUCUAUUUUAAUGUCAUCGCUUAGAUAGAGCCCCUAUCGGCAGUUUAUUGGAUUCCCCCAAGGGGGAGGAAAUAAACCUACCUCCUGUCUAUGGACGUUUUCUGUGAAAUAUAUAAAAAAAAAAAAUCAGUGGAACUUUAGUUAACGAAAUAAUUAUGACGACUGAAAAAUUCACUUAUUUAAUGCAGUGAGUGGAUAAUAUUGUUGGGAAAGUUCAAGUGAAUAAGGGAAGAAUCAAGGUCGUGGGAAGAGCCGCUCGGUCUUAUACCUCAGCUUAUUUUUUCAUAAAUAAUUUAGAAUUCCAGGGGAAGGGGGAAUAUCUGCUCCUACGUAACAAUAUUCCCUUCUUGAUUUUUUCUUUAACCUCUUGGUUAUACACCAUUGAUCGAUGUCGGUUACACACGACGAAGGAUUCGACGAGAGUGUCGUCGCGAGGGAGGACAACGUCCUUCGCUUGCAGUUGGCGUUACCGGUUAUACGUAAUGAGUCACUGCUACCACCGUCGCCCGGACACCUACCUGGAUGCAGUCCAAGUUAUUUCACGUGCAGUUCGCCGUUUCCAUUCAAAGAGAAUAUCACCGAUGACAAGCUCCUGCACGAGAACGAGAUUCAGCAAACGCACAGCCGUCGUCCAAGCACCAGUUUUCUCCCCCGAAUAGUCGAACCAGGGGGUAGCCCAUCGAAAUCCCAAUUAAGUGAUUUGGUACGUUCGAUUGAAACACCUGACGUUUCGCUCGCAUCAACUUCUGGCUCUCGGAGCACCACUCCACGUCGAUCAUCCACUGAGGACGACGUAGUUGUGGGACCACUCCGAGACGAAAUGCCUCUGGAUGUAGCGAAACUCGAGGCUGGACUGGAGGCUGCCAAUAUCGUGGGGAGAGAAAUUUUGUAUCAACCGGAGAAAAAUGGAUUGAGACGGCAGGACGAUAAGGGAGUGAGUCCAAGGCCUAAGAAGACUUCCACUGCAGCUAUUUAUCCAAUCGCUUCUGGACUCGUUGCCGUUCGCGAUGCAUUUGGUCCAAAAUUAACACCAGCGAUAUCAGCAGCGAAUUCUCUUCCUGAGAGUCCACCAGCUGAGGACGACACAUUCAACACUGACGAUUCAUCUAAACCAACGAAUAAACAGAAUGGAGUUGCUGGAGAUGGAGGCGACAGUGAAAGUGAUCCCGAAACUCUAUUCUUCAGGGACGGACGACGGCGCAUUGACAUGGUUCUGGUUUAUCAGGAGGAGACAGAAGGGGUAAUGACUGAAAUUGAAUCCAAACGAAGAGAACAGAGGAGAAUUUUCCAAGAGAAUUUGCUCAAGGAGGGACUGCAAAUGGAAUUGGAACCCAAAGAGAAUUCGUUCGAUGGAAAAACCUACUUCUUGAAAAUUCACAUACCCUGGAAAAUUAAAGUGCAAUAUGCUGAAGUUAUGAACCUGAAACUACUGACUAAAAGAUUUAUAACAAUCAGCGUUAAGGCGUGGGGAGACGAUGGCACGAAAAUAAAGAAAAAAUUUUGGGAGAAGUGGACAUCCUUUGUGAACUUCCUUCAAAAAUUUCACAUGUGGGACACAAGCCUCUACCCGGAAGAGCCCAACUUUUACGCAACUCACGAUUCCGGUGAUAGGGAGGAGAGAUUCCUCGUGAAGGAUAGGGAGACGGCGUAUACUCCAGCCCAAAGGUCGUUAAUCGUUUAUCAGAUUUUAAUGCGAGCCAGGUACGAUGAGACACACGAAAAAGCGGGAAUUAGACGAUUAAUUGCUGAUGGAUCUUAUAUAGACUGUUUUUGUCUCCACGAGGGUCCGUACAAUCGGCCGGGGCCCGAUGGUGUCCCCCUUGAUCGGCAUUUACUCUACUUGAUUUGGGCGCGGCCCUCUCAAUGGUACAAAAAGCAGCCCCUCUGGCUAAUUCGCCGUUACUUCGGUGAAAAAGUAGCCCUCUACUACGCCUGGUUGGGUUUUUACACCCGAUCCCUCUAUCUCCCAGCAAUAGUCGGUCUUCUGUGUUUUGUCUACGGCCUGAGCACAAUGGAGAGCGCCGACAAUACUCCCAGCCAAGAAAUCUGUGAUCCCGAGAAGGCAGGGAAUAUCACCCUCUGCCCUCUGUGCGACAAAGCCUGUUCAUACAGAAGGCUCAAGGAAUCCUGUCUCUUCUCACGUCUCACCUACCUCUUUGACAAUCCCGCCACAGUGUUCUUUGCUAUCUUCAUGUCCUUCUGGGCGACGAGUUUCCUCGAGCUCUGGAAGCGACGACAGGCAGUAAUUGUCUGGGAGUGGGACUUGCAGAAUGUCGAUGGGGACGAGGAGCCUAGGCCAGAGUUCGAAACGUCUGUCAAAACCUUCCGGAUAAAUCCCGUCACCAGGGAGAGGGAGGCCUACAUGCCAGCUUACUCCAGGAUCUGGCGAUACUGCGUCACAGGAUCCCUCGUAGUCUUCAUGAUAUUUGUCGUUCUGGGAGCUGUCCUGGGGACCAUCAUCUACAGAAUUUCACUCGUCGCUGUUUUCUACUCGGGUGGUGGUUUUUUCUUUGAAAAACACGCGAAAAUCUUCACCUCCAUGACAGCUGCACUCAUCAACUUGAUAAUUAUUAUGAUUCUCACGAGGAUUUACCAGAGACUGGCGAAGUGGAUGGUGAAUAUGGAGAAUCCAAGAACUCAAACGGAAUACGAGGACUCUUUCACAUUCAAAAUCUUCUUCUUCGAAUUCGUUAAUUUCUACUCUUCCCUGAUCUACAUCGCAUUUUUCAAGGGAAGGUUUUAUGCCCAUCCCGGUGAUACUGAUGCGAGAUCCUCCGAAUUCUUGAGAAUAAAAACCGACGUUUGCGAUCCUGCUGGCUGCCUCUCGGAAUUGUGUAUCCAGCUCGCUAUUAUCAUGGUUGGUAAACAGUGUUUCAAUAAUUUCAUGGAAAUUCUCUCACCGAAGAUGGUGAACUGGUGGAGGAAGAGGACUCAUGUUGCUGCAACCAAGGAUCACGAGAGGCCUUACACCUACUGGGAACAGGAUUAUCAGCUCCAGGAUCCUGGACGAUUGGCCCUCUUCGAUGAGUACCUGGAGAUGAUCCUGCAGUAUGGUUUUGUCACACUCUUUGUAGCUGCAUUUCCCUUGGCACCGCUGUUCGCACUGUUGAACAACAUCGGGGAAAUCCGACUGGACGCCUACAAGAUGGUGAAGGAAGCGCGAAGACCACUCGCUGAGAGGGUCGAGGACAUUGGUGCAUGGUACGGCAUAUUGAAGGGCGUUACUUAUGCCGCUGUUGUAUCAAAUGCUUUUGUCAUCUCUUAUACCUCGGAUUUUAUACCUCGAAGUGUUUAUACUUAUGUCUAUUCCCGUACUGGGGAUCUCCAGGGAUACAUAGAUCAUUCUUUGUCGGAAUUCAAUACCUCUCACUAUACGGAGGACAUGAUCAGCGACAGGAAUGGUCCACCCACAUGCCAAUACAGGGGCUACAGGAAUGGGCCUGAUCACAGUGAGCCUUAUGGACUCAGUCCCCAUUAUUGGCAUGUGUUUGCGUCUAGAUUAGUUUUCGUGGUGUGCUUUGAGCACAUGGUCUUCGCACUGACUGGACUCAUGAGUUAUGUCAUACCAGAGACACCCUCCGCUGUGUCCACUCAGCUUGCGAGAGAAAAGCUUCUGGCUCAAGAGGCCAAGUAUGAGAAGGGGUUGAAGGGGAGAGAGGAUGAGGAUGAAUUGCUGGCAGUACUCAAGGAAGCUGGGACAUUUGGGAGACCUGGGGCUCGGCGCGGCAGCUGGGCAAGGCGUUUCUCCAAACUCAGUGAUACACUGGAUGCACAUAUUGAUGUGGGGGUCAGGCAACAAAGGGCUAGUGAUGCAUCUACUGUGUGGGAGCCGUCCCCCCAUAUUUUAUGAAUUGGGGGGAGAGGAGUGAUGCAAACUGCUGCCAAAAUAUGUUAGACAAUUAAAACUUGCCGUACGUAAUUAUUUGAUAGAAGAAAAUAUUGGAUUUCUAUUGAACUUUGAUUAAUCCUUGGAGUUUAUCUCGGAAUUGAAGGUAAAAUUUUGUUACAACUUUUUCUAUUGACAUAUUUUUAUUCUACAGAGAAAUAAUCUUCAACGAAAUUUCUCUGUAUUUCCUAGCGUCGGGGAUGUUGAUCAAAGAAUUAUUGAAAACUGUAAUUGCCUUAGCUCUAGUUAAGAAAAUUGCUAGGGAUUUUCCAGACGAAUAUAAUUUCAUUUUUUAAAUAACAAAAAAAUCAAUAGAAUUUUCAAACGAAUUCACUAAAUUUUUCUGUGAAAUUUUUUCGUGCAUGCUGUUGUUUAAGACUGCUGUGGAGUGAUGACAAAUUUAAAGUACUAGUCAUGAGAGGAGGUGCAAGGGAUCGUUUGAUAGCCUUCCUAUGGGAGCCGAGCUAAUAUCCCCGUACAAAUGAAAAUUCGUUACACGUAUGAGUUUUCUACCUUCAUUUUAAUUUUCAAUUGUAAUCAGGAAUUCUGUUCUGAGAGAUGAGAUAAUUAAGUAUUAUUUUUUUUAAUGAGGACUGACAAGAUCCACUCGCAUACACCCCCGAACUAUUACUAUUCUAUUCACCCCUGUUGCAUUUAACUAUUUAUAAAUGAAUUACUGAAAAUUGCGGGAGUAAUACAAUACAUGAGAUAAUUAGUGUGUAUUUUGUGUGCUGUGCCCAAUGGUAGAAGUAAUGAUUCUCCGAAUGAAUUUUUAGCAACUCGUUAUGAUACACGAUUAAACUUUUAUUAUGGUUUCGUUUUCACUUUGAUUGCUGUAUAGACAACUGAUAUUAGUUCAAUUAUACAAUAUUUACAAUAAAUCAUAAAAUUUACAUAUCUA